AUGGACCCCAAUCGCGACGCGCAGGACCACCCUGCUCCUGCUCAGCGCAGACCUCGCGCACCAACAAUCACCAUUGACACCACGGCCGCGACCUCGACUCCCGAUGUGCCUCACGACGCGCGAGCGAAUCUUGGUGCCAGUCCUACCUCCCCUCAGGAAGAUGCUAUCAGUCCUUCCACCGUUGUCGACCCGGCCGCUGCGCAAUGGAUCGCUUCACAGAACAUGCUCGCCGCCCAGGACCCCCAUGCCCGCCCCGAGCUCCGCGCCGAAACCUCCUUCGACAGCAGAGAUAGCCGGCCCCGGAGCCCACACAACGUUUCAAGCCCCAUCACUGCCAGAGGAAACGAUCGCGCCUUUCUCUCCGUGCCGACGACCGCCCGUUCACGACGAAACUCUGUCGACGACGACCUGGAUACCUCUCGGUCUUUCGUCUCCUCGCAAGGCGAUACUCUCGCUGUGUCGGGCUCGAACGCUGAAAAGACCGGCUUCCACAGCCACCACCUCUCCAACGACAAGCUGAUGAAAGACGACACUGCGCUGCAGCCGGACCAAGGGAAGGAGGGCGAUUUCCAAGUCGACAACAACCCCUUCGCGUUCAGUCCUGGUCAACUGAGUAAGCUUCUCAACCCCAAGAGCCUGGCCGCCUUCUACAGAAUUGGCGGCCUGGCUGGCCUUGAAAAGGGUGUCCAGAGCGAUCGGAAAGCAGGCCUCAGUAUCGAAGAGAACACUGUCCCUCAGCACGUCACGUAUGAGCAGGCCACGAGCCACCUGGCAAUCAAGUCAGACGGCAGUCACAAGGAGGAUGUUUCUGCGGCCUCUGCGCGUCCUCAUCCCGCCGCGGGCGGGGACGGCAGCUUUGUCGACAGGAAGCGCGUUUUCAAGGACAACCGCCUUCCGGAGAAGAAGGGCAAGAGUCUUUUGCAGCUCAUGUGGAUCACAUACCAAGACAAGGUUCUGAUGCUUUUGACUGCUGCUGCUGUCGUCUCCCUCGCCAUCGGCAUUUACCAAUCAGUAGGCGGCGAACACAAAGAGGGCGAGUCCAGGGUCGAGUGGGUGGAGGGCGUGGCCAUUGUGGCUGCCAUUGUCAUUGUGGUCGUUGUUGGGUCCUUGAACGACUAUUCCAAGGAGCGACAGUUUGCCAAGCUCAACAAGAAGAAGCAAGACCGCGAUGUCAAGGUUGUUCGUUCCGGAAAGAUUAUGGAAAUCUCCGUAUACGAUAUUCUGGUGGGUGACGUCGUUCACCUGGAACCAGGUGACUUGGUUCCAGUUGAUGGCCUGCUCAUUGAGGGCUUCAAUGUCAAAUGCGACGAAUCUCAGGCGACCGGAGAGUCCGACAUCAUCAAGAAGAAGGCGGCUGCUGACGUAUUUGCCGCCAUUGAGAACCACGAAGAUGUCAAGAAGAUGGACCCCUUCAUCCUCUCUGGCGCCCGUGUCAUGGAAGGUACGCUCAUGGCACUCAACGAGGAUCCCGAAGUCACACCCCUUCAGUCCAAACUGAACAUCAUCGCCGAGUACAUCGCCAAGCUUGGAGGUGCCGCCGGUCUGCUCCUGUUCAUCGUCCUCUUCAUCCGGUUCCUUGUGCGGCUGCCCCGUCUCGGUAGCGACGUCACCCCGGCUGACAAGGGUCAAAUGUUCCUUGAAAUCUUCAUCGUUGUCGUCACCAUCAUUGUCGUCGCUGUUCCCGAGGGACUGCCUCUCGCCGUCACACUUGCCCUGGCUUUCGCGACGAGACGAAUGUUGAAGGACAACAACCUCGUCAGGCAUCUCAAGGCAUGCGAAGUCAUGGGCAACGCGACGAACAUCUGUUCUGACAAGACGGGAACGCUGACCCAAAACAAGAUGCAGGUGGUGGCUGGCACGAUCGGGACUACGCAUCAGUUCGGCGGCCAGCGCCCUGGAAGCUCAGGCAGUGCUCUCGGCAGCUCUGCCGUCGAGCAGGGCGGUGACAUCCAGAUUCCCGAGUUCGUCAAGAUGCUGGGUCCCGAGGUCAAGGAUCUCCUUCUCAAGUCGAUCGUCCUGAACUCGACUGCCUUUGAGGGCGAGGUUGAUGGCGAGAAGACAUUCAUCGGUUUCAAGACGGAGAGUGCCCUGCUUCUGCUGGCCCAGGCUCAUCUCGGCAUGGGUCCGGUCAGCGAGGAGCGCGCCAACGCGCAAACCCUUCAGCUUAUCCCCUUUGACUCUGGUCGCAAAUGCAUGGGCAUUGUUAUCCAACUCCCGGGUGGUGGCGCUCGACUGUUUGUCAAGGGUGCCUCCGAGAUUGUCGUCGCCCAGUGCAGCGAGCUUUUCGGACAACCGUCGACCGAUGCCUCGCUUGUGUCCAUGACUGUCGACAACCACAAGAUGGUGAACGGCCUCAUUGAGAGCUACGCCUCGCGCUCCCUCCGUACGAUUGGCCUUGCCUACAAAGACUUUCCCCAAUGGCCCCCUCGAACCGCCCGUCGCGGUGACGCAGACAAGAACGAGAUUCACUUUGAGGACCUAUUCCGGAACAUGGUCUUCGUCGGCAUGGUAGGCAUUCAGGACCCUCUGCGUGAAGGCGUCCCCGAGGCUGUCCGCACGUGCCAGGGCGCCGGUGUCUGCGUCCGCAUGGUUACAGGAGACAACAAGAUCACUGCUCAAGCCAUCGCCAAGGAGUGCGGCAUUCUGCAGCCUCACAGUGUUGUCAUGGAGGGUCCAGAAUUCCGCAACCUGGCAAAGUACGAACAAAUGGAGAUUCUCCCUCGACUUCACGUUCUCGCCCGUUCAAGCCCCGAGGACAAGCGCAUCCUGGUUAAGCGCCUGAAAGAACAGGGCGAGAUUGUCGCCGUCACAGGUGAUGGCACGAACGAUGCGCCAGCUCUCAAGACGGCAGAUGUCGGAUUCUCCAUGGGCAUCGCGGGCACCGAAGUGGCCAAGGAGGCUUCCGCAAUCAUUCUCAUGGACGACAACUUCAACUCGAUCGUCAAGGCUCUCAUGUGGGGACGUGCGGUCAACGACGCCGUUAAACGUUUCCUCCAGUUCCAGCUCACGGUCAACAUUACGGCCGUCGUGCUCACAUUCGUUACGUCUGUCUCCAGCAACGGAGGCGAAGGUGCUGUGUCGGUCCUCACAGCGGUACAGCUGUUGUGGGUCAACCUCAUCAUGGAUACUCUCGCUGCUCUCGCCCUGGCCACGGACCCGCCCCAGAAGAGCGUUCUCUUGAGGAAGCCCGAGAGACGCAACGCCUCGAUCAUCUCUACGACGAUGUGGAAGAUGAUCAUCGGCCAAGCUAUCUACCAGCUCGCCAUUACAUUCAUGCUCUUCUAUGGCUACGAUCAUCUGGACCUUGUGAAGAAUGAGAUGAACCUGUCUCCAGAGAGGUUUGAAGCUCAGGUCCGUACUCUCGUGUUCAACACGUUUGUGUGGAUGCAAAUCUUCAACCAGUGGAACAAUCGCCGCCUCGACAAUCGCUUCAACAUCUUUGAAGGUCUUACGCAAAAUUACUUUUUCGUUGCUAUCAGCUCGAUUAUGAUCGGCGGACAGAUUUUGAUCAUCUUUGUGGGUGGCGCUGCUUUGUCAAUUGCUCCCGACAAGCAGACGGCCCUGAUGUGGGGCAUCGCCAUUGUCCUCGGGUUUCUCUCUAUUCCGUUCGGUAUCGUCAUCCGUCUCAUCCCCGACGAGUUUGUCGAGCGCCUCAUCCCGGACUACCUCAAACGCAAGUCCAAGGAGAGCGGGCCCAAGCUCACGGUGGAUGACGAGGAGUUUGGCCAGUACCCAGAAGCGCUGGCGGACGUGCGGGACGAACUGACGUUCCUCAAGCGUAUGAAGGGCGGACGCUUGAACAACCUCAAGUUUGCGGUCCAGCACCCUCGCGAGACGUUUGUGACGUACUCGAGAAGCCCAACGCACUCGCGGUCCAACUCGGUCAUCCACCCGGCGCCGCCCGUCACACCGCCCCGACAGGCCAGCAUCAGCGAGGCACCCCCGGCACCGACGCCCGAGUCACGGAGGCGCUCGCGAAGCAACCGUAGCAGGUCCAACUCGGCGCUCGGCGCGCCGACUGUCAUGGCUGGCCUCAUUGUCGCCGGUGUGGCAGCCAACUGGACGCCCAAUGACCCCAGGAGGAACCGCUCGGACGCGGGCCUGGCGGGCGAGAGCAGAGACUGCAUCUCGCGACAGACUCGACGUCGGGACACCACGGGCGGCGCACAGCACUAG